UCAGAGUCCAGAGUCCAACUGCUGUGAGGUUUUCAAUUCCUCUGCUCAUUUUCUCUGCAUUUUUUGUCUGUGUGCUUCAGAGCUAAUAUGGAGAAGAUCUCUGACAAUCUCUGCAGGUAUAAAGACUAUGUCUUUUUUCAUGGCCUCACAACUGCAGAGUACAUGGAUUCUCUUCAGAGCUUUGAAAUCAGAGACAGCGAUGUCUUCCUCGUCACUUACCCAAAAUCAGGCACCAUCUGGACUCAGCAGAUCAUCAUCUCCAUCUGUGAGAUGGCUGGGGGUCUCAACGAAUAUCCAAACAACCUGGAGCAGAUGCCCUGGCUGGAAUACAAAGAGGGUCGACAAGAUUACACCCUGCGGCCUUCUCCUCGGCUCUUCGCCUCCCAUCUGACCCCGACACUGAUGCCUCCUGGACUGAAGGAGAAGAAGGGAAAGAUCAUCUAUGUGAUGCGGAACCCGAAGGACAACAUCGUGUCGUAUUAUCACUUCAGCAGCGUCUUUACCGCACUACAGGUUCCCAAGAACUUUGAGGAAUUUUUGGAGCAGUACCUGACGGGAAACAUCGGAGGAGCAUCCUGGUUUGACCACAUCAGAGCGUGGCAUUCAAACAAAGACCAGUACAACAUCCUCUUCCUCAACUAUGAGGACAUGAUUUUGGACCUGAAGGGAGCAGUGCAGAAGAUCUGCAGCUUCUUAGGGAAGAACCUGAGUGAAGCUGCCAUCGAGCAGGUUGUGGAAAAAUCUACAUUUAAGACCAUGAAGAAAGACUCGAAGGCCAACUACGAGUUUCUGCCAAAGGAGAAGCUGAAUGGAAAAUUCAUGCGCAAAGGUCAGAUUGGCGACUGGAAAAACACAUUUACUGUGGAACAGAGUGAACGAGUCGAUCGGUUGAUUCAGGAGAGACUCGGUGAUCUGAAUCUGAAGUUCAUCUGGGAGUGAACAGAGCAGCCACAGCAGCUAAGAGGGCAACGUUUGACUGAAUGAAUUCUAACACUUCAGAAUCUUUCACCCUGCAGCCGUCACACUUUAUUUUUUUUAGCGUGAAAUAAUUAUGAAAAUGGAAAGUUCAGCUUGACCUCCAGUAAUGAGGAGUUGGUCGGCUGAUUUUGAUUAGCUACUCACCACUUUAUUACCCUCAAGUGUUGUUGAAAUUCAAUGUUGAUUCCAAAGACGAAAAAAAUCCUAGAUGACAUUACUACAUCCACAAACAGAAGAUCACACUUAAUUCUUCUUGGGCUUUGUUUACCUUUGAUACCAUAUUCCGACUUCUAAUAAUGACAAAGAAACGGGAGUGCAUCACUCCAGUUUUAGCCUCACUCUACUGGCUUCAUAUCAGCUUCAGAAUUGUUUUUAAGAUUUUAUUGCUUGUUUUAAACAGUGUUAAAUGGGUUGGAACCUUCUUAUUUUUCUGAGCUUUUACAUGUCCAUGCUUCAGUUUUAUCGCUGAGGGUGGCCAAUCAGAUGGUCCUUAAAGACUCAGAAACAGAGGUGACUGAGCCUUUCCUGUGUCUGCACUCAGGCUUUGGAACUGCAUACCUGUUGAAAUUAGAACCGCUCGGUCUCUUGAUACCUUCAAGUGCCUACUGAAGGCAUAUAUGUACUCUCUGGCUUUUAAUUGUAGUUGGGCAUUGACACCUUGACAUAUGUCAUCGUUUAUCUUGCUCUGUAUAUUUCCUCACAGAUUAUGUCUUUUUUCUAUUUUGAACUGUAAAGCACUUUGGUGAAGCUUGGUGGUUUCUUCAAUGCACUAUAUAAAUAAAGCUUGCUUCAUAAAAAGAGUCUUUACAA